GGUCGUCAUACAUGCUUAUGAAAUUUGCUGAAAAUAAGGAUAAAUUGUUGACGGAAACAAAGCAAGCUGCGUGGAAUCUGUAAAACUAAUCAUCAUGUUGCGCAUCUACCAAAACACUUACCGGCGUACUGCAAAAAGAGCUGUUGUAUACUCCACCAAGGUAGUUUGCUGUAACCACUCGACACUAUGCAACAUCAACGGUCACCCACGCCGGACGCAAAGAGCAGGUGCGUCCUGGGAGAGAUACAGUCAGAACCAGCGCGAUGGAUUUUUAGCCCACAAUCAAGCCAAGGGAUGGACUAUACCGCCGUCGCGGGGCUACGGAAUGUUAGUGGUGCGCAUCUUAAGAGGCGCCAUGAAAUUGCGUUACCUUGUGUUGGGUGGAGCCAUAGGCGGGGGUGUGUCACUUAGCAAAAAAUAUGAAGACUGGAAAGAUGGUCUGCCUGACUUAAAGUGGCUUGAGGAUGCGUUGCCGCAAGGUGAAAAAUGGAGUCAGUUCUCAAGAAAGCUGAUUGAAGUUGGGAGUGUUGUCAAGGAGGCCAUCGAUAUCGAUCCGAAGCUAAAACAGCUUGGUGAGGAUAAAUUAACGGAAUGGCGCUCUUGGUUCGAUAAUCGUCUGGAUGAUGCGAUUGAGGCGGCCGAUUAUCAAGGAACUCAUAUUGUUGAAACUAAAGACGACAUCAAAGCAAAGACAACUGUAGCAGCUCUGGGAAUUUCUGCCGAUGAGAGUCGCAAAAAAUAUGAUAAACUACAAAGUCAAGUGGAAACUCUUCAGACGGAAAUAAUGAACGUGCAAAUUAAAUAUCAAAAGGAGCUGGAGAAAAUGGAGAAGGAAAAUCGAGAACUGCGUCAGCAGUAUCUAAUACUCAAAACCAAUAAGAAGACUACCGCAAAAAAAAUCAAAAAGUCUCUCAUUGAUAUGUACUCUGAGGUGCUUGACGAACUAUCUGGCUAUGAUACCGGUUAUACCAUGGCGGACCAUUUGCCACGAGUGGUUGUUGUUGGAGACCAGAGCAGUGGCAAGACAUCCGUACUUGAAUCCAUAGCCAAGGCUCGUAUCUUUCCUCGUGGAAGUGGUGAAAUGAUGACGCGAGCACCUGUUAAGGUUACCCUGGCUGAAGGCCCUUAUCAUGUUGCGCAGUUUCGAGACUCUGACCGUGAAUACGACUUGACAAAGGAAGCUGAUCUCUCAGAUUUACGACGUGAAGUUGAAUUUCGCAUGCGCGCUUCAGUACGUGGUGGCAAGACCGUCAGCAAUGAGGUGAUUGCCAUGACGGUCAAGGGUCCCGGACUGCAGCGAAUGGUACUGGUCGAUUUACCAGGCAUUAUUUCGACAAUGACAGUGGACAUGGCAUCGGACACUAAGGACUCGAUCCAUCAAAUGACAAAGCAUUAUAUGAGCAAUCCUAACGCUAUUAUUCUUUGCAUACAAGAUGGUUCUGUGGAUGCAGAGCGUAGUAAUGUCACCGAUUUGGUCAUGCAAUGCGAUCCUCUGGGCAGACGUACUAUCUUUGUGCUGACAAAGGUUGAUUUGGCAGAGGAACUAGCUGAUCCAGAUAGGAUAAGGAAAAUUCUUUCCGGCAAACUGUUUCCCAUGAAGGCACUGGGUUACUAUGCAGUUGUUACGGGUCGUGGCCGCAAAGAUGACAGCAUCGAUGCUAUACGGCAGUACGAGGAGGAUUUCUUCAAGAACUCAAAACUUUUUCAUCGACGAGGCGUAAUUAUGCCCCACCAGGUAACCAGCAGAAAUCUGAGCUUAGCUGUUUCGGAUCGUUUCUGGAAAAUGGUGCGGGAAACCAUUGAGCAGCAGGCGGAUGCAUUUAAGGCAACCAGAUUUAAUCUGGAAACCGAAUGGAAAAACAAUUUUCCCAGGUUACGUGAAUCAGGCCGGGAUGAGCUGUUUGACAAAGCCAAAGGAGAAAUACUGGACGAGGUCGUGACGCUUUCGCAAAUUUCGGCAAAAAAGUGGGAGGAGGCCCUGAACGAGAAAUUAUGGGAAAAGCUUUCAAAUUAUGUGUUUGAAAACGUAUACCUGCCCGCCGCACAGUCAGGUUCUCAAAAUUCAUUCAAUACCAUGGUGGACAUUAAACUGCGUCAAUGGGCGGAACAAGCGUUGCCCGCCAAAUCUGUUGAAGCUGGGUGGGAGGCUUUGCAGCAAGAGUUCAUAACACUGAUGGAGAAAGCAAAGAAAUCUCAGGAUCACGAUGGUAUAUUUGAUUCACUGAAAGCCGCUGUCGUAGAUGAGGCCAUACGCAGGCAUAGUUGGGAAGACAAAGCUAUUGAUAUGCUUCGCGUAAUACAACUCAACACUUUGGAGGAUCGCUUCGUUCAUGACAAAAAUGAAUGGGAUCAGGCGGUACGCUUCCUUGAGAAUUCGGUAAAAUCUAAGCUCGUACAGACCGAUGAAACAUUGAGUCAAAUGUUUGGACCUGGCCAGAUCACGCGAAUAACGCAUUGGAAGUCAUUAACGCAAGACCAACAGAAGCGCAGAUCGGUCAAAGGAGAACUGGACAAAAUUCUCAAAAAUGAUUCGAAGCAUUUGCCCACAUUGACUUACGAUGAGCUGACAACAGUGCGAAAGAACCUCCAACGCGAAAAUGUCGAUGUAGAUACGGAUUAUAUACGACAAACGUGGUUCCCAGUCUACAGAAAACAUUUCUUGCAACAGGCUUUGCACCGAGCCAACGACUGCCGAAAAGCGUACUAUCUGUACAGCCAGCAAGGUGCCGAGUGUGAGAUUUCCAGUAGCGAUGUCGUACUCUUUUGGCGCAUACAACAAGUCAUCAAAGUCACGAGCAACGCGCUGCGGCAGCAAGUGAUAAACCGAGAGGCUAGACGUUUAGAUAAGGAGAUAAAAGCAGUGCUUGACGAGUUUAGCGACGAUGAGGAAAAGAAAGCGCAGCUUCUGACAGGCAAACGAGUGCUACUAGCGGAGGAGUUGAUCAAAGUGCGACACAUACAGGAGAAGUUGGAGGAGUUUAUCAAUUCACUCAACCAGGAGAAAUAGUGUGCCAUUACCAAAAAUGAAUGUUGGUUGGAUCUCGCUCUAGUCGUUUGCAGCACAAAUGAAGCUCUGUCGCACACUAGGGCUGCUGUGUGUGGUUAAUGCAAGUUCCAACUGUGUAGCAACAACUGCGUUACUUAUUUAAUUAAAUAAUUUAAGUUUAAAAAAUCGUUGUUCAUAGACAUUGCUUGGUUGGAAAUUUCCUUUAUACUAGCUAUUAUUAUUAUUUAGUGCAGCAAAUGUUGCUGCAUACCGAAAUUGUAAUAAAAUCGAAAACAUUGUUAGUUUGUAUUUAUUACUAAAA